AUUAAUUUAUCGGUAGUCGAUAAACAGAAAUUCGCGCGCCGAUCGGAACAUUUUUCAUUUUGUCUCUAUUCGUUACCGGGCACGUUUCCCGGCAUAAAAUAUUUUAAAUAAACUAAUAAUAUUAUAUAUAUAUAUUUAUAUUCAUAUAAUAAUGUCUGCGGGGAGAAAAGUGUGGGCGGUAAUGACGCGGACGGCGGUGUACGUGUUCGACAAAUAUCACUACUCCGUCAACACGUUCAGCGGAUCCGCGAUGAUGUGUGUUGGCGACGUCGCGCAACAGAACGUAGAACGUUACCACGGGUUGUCCGAGGGUUACGACUGGUCGAGAACCGCGCGAAUCGCUGUGAUAGGCAGCAUUCUGGGUUCGGUACAGCAUAUAUUUUACCGGUCACUGGACAACCGAUAUCCAGCCAGGGACUCACUCACGAUAUCCAAAAAGUUAUUCAUCGACCAAACGCUGUGCACACCACUUAUAAUCGCCGUGUUCAUCUACGGGCUAGGUUUCCUGGAAAACAAGACUUUGGAGAAGAUCAACGAAGAGUUUAAAGACAAAUGUGCAAUGAUAUUUUUGGUUGACUGUGCUGUUUUUGUUCCAACACAAUACAUUAACUUCAAGUUUUUAGACCCAAAAUACAGACUCCUGUUUACAAAUAUGGUUUCUAUUAUGUAUGAUACUUUUCUUUCUUAUAUUAAGUAUACACAUGAUAUUCUCAAAUCAAUGGAAAAACAAAAUAACAAUAACAAUAAAAGUUGAAUUGUACAGGCAACCUCAACAAAAAAAAUAUAUUUUUUAAACAUCAUAUUAUUAGUUGAGAUCAUGGACACCAGAAGCAACCAGCUGUCUAGCAAGCCAAUCAAGACCAUCAUGAAGACCAGCACCACUCUGUGCGUCACAAGCUUGUAUAUGCCAGCUACGUCCACAGCAC